AUCGUAAUAAUAGUAAAAAUAAUAAUGGAGCCUCAGCCUGGCCAAGGGAGGCGGUGGCUUGUCUUGGUAUCUAAACAAAACAACAACUGCAUUAGCUGUCAUGGCACAGCCUCUUCUUUCCAGUUUUUGGCUAAUGACUCAUCAAUGACAUAGCAACUACUACCAUUUCCAGGAAUCUUGUUUUAAACAACUCAAAUAAUUUUAGCAUUCAUUCAAUGCUUGCUGACUCACCUGUCUUUAUCUUUAAUUCUAUUGGUUAAAGUCUUGAUCUUUUUUUUUUUCUUUCCAAUAAUCUAGCUGCUUUUCUCUGACGUGGCUCUAUAAUCCAUGAAAUAUACCCAAUAUUUUACUUGCCACAUCAGUUGCCAAUCUCUCUUUUUCUUUUAAAAAAAUCAAAUAAUUCGCUGCUUUUGGCCUUUAAAAACCCUAUCCGCUGCCCUUUGCAAAACCUCUCUUUUCCUCAUUCGUUUCGUUCACUUUAAAUUUUCAAUUUCAAUUGCAUUUCAGAUCCUUAUCUUUGCCGAUUCUUUGCAGACUUAUUGUACGUUCUGUUUAUGGAGAUCCCAGUGAUCAACAGAAUAGGCGAUUUCGAUGCCCGCAUAACCUCUCUGCAAAACCCAUCUUUUCUCUCCCAGAUUUUUGCUUUAUCUGGGGUCGAAAAGAUUCACCACGCAUACAGUUUUUGUAAAUGGGGAGCUUUGAUUCUUGCCCUCCUCGCUUCUUUUUCCCCCAUAAUCUAUAGAAUUAAGAUUCUUAUCCUUCGAAUUCGAAACCAUUAUUUAAUCAUUUCCCAGCCUCCUCUUAUCACCGAUGAUGAUUUUUUCUACAGCAGCGAAACAGACACGUCUUGUUCGUCUUUGUCAGAAGACGAAGACCAAGAAGAAGAAUACGAACCUGCAUCAUCUUCUUCACAGAGCUGGAGGUCCAUUGAUGAGGAUUUUAGUGUGAAAGGCUCCGGUCAUUACGCCGACAACCAGUUGCACAAUCAUAAUUUGAGGAGACGUAGAAACAGCAGCCUUGAAGACCUCUUUUCAUCGUUAUCUGACUUCACAAAUGGGAAGAGCGUAGUGAAUCUCUGGGAUAACUUAGGGUUCGGAUUAGGAUUGAACGUUGAUAAACAGCUAAGAAAUUGCAUUUCUGCUUACGAUAUGAAUACAGAGCUCAAUGUAUUUUCCGUUGUCGGUAAGAAAAGCGAGAUUCCUACCGUUACCACGUCGUCCUCAUCGCCGGCGGUGAUCGUAUCCGCCGAGACAAACGUGACCGGGAACUUGUUGAGGGUGUGGGAUACACGGGUCGGUGGUUGGAUACCGGAAAUACUCGCAGAGUGGAGACCAAGGUUGGGAAAAUUUGUCGGAAUAAGUGCCGACGGAGGGAAGAAAAUUUACGUCAGAGAUGAUAUCAGUGGGAGGUUAACGGUGGGUGACAUGAGAAAGGUCAGCUCACCGUUAGCAAAUGCCAUGGAAUCCCACGUGGAUACAUGGUGGGAUGCUGAUGCCGUUAUAGUCGCGAAAGAGGAGUCUGUUGACGAGUUGAGUGGAAGUGACUCGUUGUUGCGACGCGGUUAACUACUUAAGAGUUAAGAGUCUAAAAGUCUAACCUGUCUUUUGGAGAAAAACAAAAAAGUCGUACCUGUAUGGUUGAAAUGGCAAAACAGUCAAUACCCUGUAAAUAUUAAUUUAUUUUGUAAUAAUUAAAAAAAAAGAAAUGCAAAAAAAUUGUGAACUAAAUAUUUAUUUAUUUA